AUGUCGCAGCAUUCGGAAGUGUCACUGGUCUGCGACAAUUGCGAGGGAUUUGCGGUCGACCUCCUCGUCAUGGUGUACCAGUUGGCGUCCGCCACCAAGCACUCCGUGCUGCCCGCCGAGUGGAGCAAGUGGGAAAACGAUACGUUCCAGAGGUACGACAAGCUCGCGAUCGAAGAGACCAGGGUCACAUCAACCGCGAAACCACGUUCGACUACACAACCACCCCUUUGCUCUGUUGACGCAAGCUGUAUUCGAGACGACCUUGGAGGGUGCCUUCGUCGAAGCGCGUUCCGCGCGGUCCUCAUGGCCGCCUUGAACGCGAGCAACGUCAAGGUGGUGUCGAUGAACUGGACCACUGCCAAGUGCAUCAACCCCGUGCGCGACCAAAUGCAGUGCGUGUCAUGCUGGGCGUUCUCGGCCGUGGGUGCCGCGGAGCCGGCGCACGCAUCGUGA